CUUUUAGAUUUAAGUUGUAGUUUUAGUUCAAAUUGUACAAACGAAGAGGCUUGUUGCUUGUUGGUAAGGGGUCGUUCUACGUUCUAGUUUGUGUUAUAAUGGCCUCUCCGCCAAGUGGCACUUCAUUAGUUGGAGAGAUGAUACUACUAACAGAAUCACAAGCAGAAUCAUCAGAUUCUGAGAACUCUGAAGCUACAGUUUUCAGCUCAGACCCCUCAGAGACUGAAACUAGGGAUACUGACCUUAGUGAUCUGAUGGAAUAUGAAGACGACUACCUUGACAACGACCGUUCGGUUCCAAACAUCGUGAGCAAUUUAUACAAUAGAGAAUUGUAUGGAAGAUUUACCAAGGGACCCAAAUUUAAAACAGUGAGACCCUUCCGAGAAAUACCUGAACGUUGCAGGUAUGCCAUCAAUGACAUAUUUGCUGAUAGUGGAGGCCUAUUCCAGAUUCUGAUGGGAUUUACUCGAUGCGGACGAUUCUUCUUAACUUUCGAAGAAACCCAUGAGGUUUCUCUGAAGACAAUAUACCACUUGUUUAUUUGGAGGUUCAUACCAGGCAUGAAAUUGGAACUGGCGCAAACUAUUCAGAUAUUUAAUCAGUUUAAUGGAAAUUAUUCUUUGGAGCAGAUAAUGUUCAUGCAGUAUCCAAAUGAUUAUCAUAAGCUUGUUUGUGUUGGAAUAGACAAGGAAGCUGGUCAAGAAUCUCUGCAAAUUUCACUUGUUACAUUGGAUGGAUCACUUAACUGUAGACACUGCUCCGAUCCAGCUCCACUACCCGAGGAAUUGGAGCACAGAGGUUGGUGCCUAAAACACGGAUUUGCACAACACUAUUUUAUAACACUGUCUUUGCCCGCUCCCAUUUUCGAUCCAUUGAUAUCCUUAAGUUAUCCCGGCCUGUUAAUAAUUGAUUCAGGGCAUUCAAUUCAGAUUUUAAAGGUUUCUACAGGACCAUUAGGGGAUGACCAAGGAGAAUUCUAUAGUUCAACUCGUGCAGUUAGCGUGACUUUCGAUAAUCCGAGUGAUAAUCAAAGUGUAAAUUCAGAAUCAUUGAACGAACCUGAGACCUCUGCGGUAGAAGAUAUAAGUGAGUAUGAUUCCAGUGAAGGUAAUAAGCCAUUUCAUGAACUCAAUAUUAGUUGUGAACCUUUAAAUGUUACGGGAAGAAGCUACCAAAAUACUCUACCUAUUUUAGAAUCGCGAAUUAAACGCUUACAAAAUAGUCCCCGGGACUAUGUUUUCAUGGCUCCUAACACUUCAACUCAAAAACAACCUGAAAAAAGCAUAGUUGUAGAUAAAAAAAUUGCGGAACAAACAUACGAGUUCACAGAGGAUAAUGAAAAAUACGAGAAAAUAAGUUUAUUUAGGAAAAAACGUUUAGCUGAUAAAAAAUAUGAGUUUUCAGAAGACAACACUGAGAAUAUAGUACCAUUCCAUAUACUCAGAAGAGAACGUCGGUAUCUCCGUCGAGCUCAAAGUCGUAAUAUUCGGUCCGCUGAUUUAGGCCCUUUAUUCUUAAGUCCUCGAUCUCCUGGUUGGCGUUCGCCUAUGCAAAGCCCCAGCUCGCGAAACAGUCAAUUUUCUCCCAGCGGUGCCCGUCAUAUUUAUUGUACUUCCGUCCGUCCUUACUAUCCCAAAUCUCCUGUUAGUCCUAGAGAUUACACCAGAGUGAAUAUUUACUCACAGGGUUUAGAAGAGAACUGUUCCGACUUCGACAGUAGGCUUGUACUCAGAAAUCCAAUUGCUUCCUCUAAUUUAGGUUUAGACAGCUGUAAUAAUCAAAAUCGAUUGAUUUUAUUGGAUUCUGGCCAAGAUCAUCCUAAGUGGAUUAAAAAGACGGUGCGAAGAUAUACCAAUGGUGACUACGAGAAUGGCUCUUUGUUGUCUGGAGAUAGCCGAGAUGACUACAACAAUCCCCUGGAACUUCCUUUGUAUAUAGAAGACUUUGACCAACCUCCAGAAGAUUUUGAUGGCUCCGCCCAACAUCUGAACGAUAGACAGGUUGUCCAUUCUCAGCUCACUUUUGACUAUGAACAGUUCGUCGACAAUUUGUCUCGGGUACUUUGCGAAAGGGACCAAUUAUUUUUCAGGAAUUCUCAGGAUUACAAUAUUAAAAUAACUAAAGUCUGUCCUAUAAAAGAAGAAAUUCAAUGUGCAGUAUACAUUAAAAUUGGCGCAUGCCGAACCGAGGAACCCUUUGAGAUGGUCCAACAAUAUUGCGCUGACUGCACAUGUAUUUGGAACUUCAUCACCAAUGAAUUCAAAGUACCAUGCUGCGACUCCAGAUUGAUUCCCGCAGAGGAGUACAAACAUCCAGAUAUUACAAUAGAUGCCCCGAACUACAGCAGGAGUGGCAUACUGAUUUUAAACUACCGGCUUGGUCAUAGGUCAAAACUAAGUAUCACGGAUUCACAGCAUAAUUUUGAAAUAUAUAGAAACCACAUUACUGGAGACAACGACUCUUCAUUCUGGUUGUCAUAAAUUUAGGGUUUGUUCGCUUUUUGCGACCACAUAGUUAUUUGAAGAGAUUUUUUUUUUUUGGCACAAUUUAAAAAUAAAGAAUGGGCUAUAACUUUUGCCUACUUUAUUUAAUACUUUCUGCUGAACCACUUGAAUUUUUUUUGGAAGUUUUUGGGGCUAAUUAUCACCUGUGUAAAAUGGGCAUUUUGGCUGAUCCCUGAUAUUUCCGUUUCAAACGAUUUGAAAUAAACAAGGUGUCCCACCACAUUCUAACCAGGUAAUAACUUUGGAACACGCCAUCCAAUAAAAUUGGAAAUUUGCGGAUCAAGGUAACUUUUUGUGCCGCUUCUACAUUUUUUAUCCAAUUUUACCACUUUCACUUCAUUUUUAGUGCAGUGAUGGUAUUUUUGAAAUUUUAAAUGCGUCACCUGAGCUUGAGCAUACCUGUCCAUCCUGUACAUGAUUAAUUAGUUUCUGUUCGUACUUAUUUUUGUAUUUUUCAUUUACUUAAACGGAGCCUAAAGGGGUGUGACCCUAAAAAACGACUUAAACUACUCAAAUCAAGAAAAAAAAUCUAAGAUCUCUCGUGAAAACCGCAGUCCUAUAUUCAAAAUAGUCUCCGAGAAAAUUCCUUGUGAAGAUAAAUUAUGCAGGAACUUGUGAUGUCACAACCGCCGAAAUCGCAAUUUUUUGUUCGUUCAGUCGUCAGUGUACCCUAUACUUUGAGUGGUUGUAAUUCGCCCUAGGAAAUAAUUGUCUUUUGUUUUGGAAUAUUCUUACACUGUCCCUGAUAAUCCAGCGUGACGUCACAAACACCUAGUUGUAACUUUAAACCGCCCUAACUCGAGAACGGACCAUCGUAGCAAGAUGCGGUUUAAAUAUUUGUUUAUAGAUUUUUUUGCACCAAAACUUUCAUUUGUGGGUCUUACCCCCUUCAACAAAUAUGGCAUUGCCAAUUGUUAAAUCGUGUUAUUCCCGGAAUAAAACCCAACUUGGUUGUUAUACUGCUUAUUUAUUAACUCGUCUUUAUUACUAUAUGAAUAAUGGAAUCAUAAAUCAUAGUAGAAAGCGUGGAAAUUACUUUGCGACUAACAAACAAUGAAGUUACAUUAUAAUUAUUGCUAUAACAAAGACAUAUAGAGUAAAACAGGGGAACAUUCUUUUCCUCAGUCGUAUUUAUGCUAUCUGUAGAGAAGGCUGCGACCUACAUGCUACGGUGAUCCAGAAAGAGAAAUAGAUGUGUCUAUUCUACUUCUGUGGCAUGUUUGAAUUCAUUACAACAAUCUUCUGUAUGAGAGACAUUUCCAGGACAUUACACCAAUUUUGUAUCAUUUUCUAACAAAAAAUAUACCAUAUUGUUGCAUUUAGAAUUUCAAAUCACUGGAGCGAAAUUGGUAAAAUUCUAUAAAACAUGUUGAAGGGCACAAAAAGUUACCUAGAUCCCCAAAAUUUAAAUUUGAAUGGAUGUUUCGUUCCGAAGUUAUCGCCUGGUUAGAAUUUAGUGGGACACCCUGUAUAAUUGUUGGUUCGAGAGUUACAGCCAAUGAUUUGUUUUUAAAUUGUCAACUAGAUUAAUGUUUAGAAUGUUUUUUUUUUGUGAUAUACCAUAAUAUUAAGGACAAGGAAUAGGAAAUUUACUUUUUUUAUGUAUAUAACGAAUAUGAUUUAAAUGAUUGUUAAAGUACCUUCAACAAUGUGUGAAUUAUUCUUUAAACUCAAAAAAGAGUAAAAAUAUUGUUGUGUCCUACACUGUGCCAUUUCUGCCUCGCCAAUGCAAAUUGAUAUUUUGUAUUACCUAUGUGAAGUUAUCAAAUAAAUUUAAGUAUUUAUUUUGUCAA